AUCAUUUUUUAAACAUGGGACCAGCAUGGACCUCGUAAAUAAAAUGUAGGCCUACUGUGACCUAUGGAUAUUUUAGACUAGAAGGUAUUUAUUGGGGAAAAAGUGUAUCCAAGCGCCAUCAUUCCACAUUUUUGUACGGCAGCUGCGUAAGUAAUGCAAACUGUGACAAUGCUUUUGACUAUUGGGGGAAAGGAACAAUGGUCACGGUUUCAUCCGCUCAAGCUUCGGUCCCGACGUCCCUAUUCCCACUGUCACAGUGUGGUUCUGACUCUGGAUAUGUCACUCUCGGAUGUGUCACCGCGGAAUUCUUGCCAGCCAACUCUGUGACGUUCAAGUGGAAGGAUGCCUCUGGGAGUGAGCUGAGUGACUUCAUCCAGUAUCCCGACUUCCAAGUCAAUGGGAAAUACUCCAAGGUUAGCCAGAUCAAGAUCAAGGACUCUGACUGGGAAGCCAAAAAAUCUUACACCUGUGAAGUGGAGUAUCCCAACGGCAACAAAAAGGCAACCUUAAUUAAGCCAGUUGAGCAACUGCGCCUUCCCAGCCUCUACCUGAUGCUCCCGUCGGAGGAAGAGGGCCUGCAGAACCAGACGUCUACCUUUGUCUGCCUUGCGAGGGACUUUGCCCCUCAGUCACACAAGUUUCACUGGGUGUACAACGGCAACUACUUACCGGGGGAGAGCAGUGGCGAACAGAAAGGCUCAGAUGGCAACUACACGGCCAGUAGCUACCUGGUGGUCAGCCAUGCCUCCUGGGCCUCCGCAGGCGCGGUCAGGUGUGAGUUUGAGCACAAGUCUGGAAACUUGACCAAAGAGGCGUGGCAAGCUCCACUGUCAGCAGAACUGACGCCCCCGUCCCAGAGAGAGCUGUUCCUCAACAACAAAAUAGUGUUAAAGUGCAUCAUUACCGGGGCCGACUCAGCAGCUGUUAAGGGGGCUCAGGUAACAUGGAAGGUGGCAGGGAAAGAGCCGAACAGCCAAACCACACUGAGCGCUGCCGAAUCCUUGAAGAACGGGAAGUCCAGGAGGGUCAGCAGCCUUGAGGUGGAAAUGGCCGACUGGUUCUCUGGAAGUGUCGUCGAGUGCCAGGUGUCUGACCCACGCUACGGCAUGCUCAAGGCCAGCCCACUGACAACCAGCAUCAAAAAAAGUGACGGAGGAGACCCCGAGGUGAUCAUCUACACCCUCCCGGACAGCAAAGUCGCCAGCCAGGAGGAGUCUGUGGUGUGUGAGGUCCGGGGGCCUUCUCUGGGUGACGUUUACAUCAUGUGGCGGGUGGAUGGAGGAAACUACAUGGAAGGGAACUCUGGCAACCUGAAACGUGACAAUGGCAAUGAGUCAGUGGUCAGCAUCCUGACGGUCCCAUCGGAGAGCGUGACUGAGGCCACCUUGUUCACCUGCGCCGUGAAAUACAGCGGCAUGGAAAACUACACAGCCCCACGCGUGGAGCAGCACUCCAAAACUCAACUGUCAGUAGAACUGACGCCCCCAUCCCAGAGAGAGCUCUUCCUCAACAACAAAAUAGUGUUAAAGUGCAUCAUUACCGGGGCAGACUCAGCAGCUGUCAAGGGGGCUCAGGUAACAUGGAAGGUGGCAGGGAAAGAGCCGAGCAGCCAAGCCACACUGGAGAACGGGGAGUCUAGGAAGGUCAGCAGUCUUGAGGUGGAAAUGGCCAACUGGUUCUCUGGAAGUGUCGUCGAGUGCCAGGUGUCUGAUCCGCGCAAAGGUGUGGUCAAGGACAGCUCACUGAUGAAGAGCAUCAAAAAAAUUGACGGAGGAGACCCUGAGGUGAUCAUCUACACCCUCCCGGACAGCAAAGUCGCCAGCCAGGAGGAGUCUGUGGUGUGUGAGGUCCGGGGGCCUUCUCUGGGUGACGUUUACAUCAUGUGGCGGGUGGAUGGAGGAAACUACAUGGAAGGGAACUCUGGCCACCUGAAACGUGACAAUGGCAAUGAGUCAGUGGUCAGCAUCCUGACGGUCCCAUCGGAGAGCGUGAGAGAGGCCACCUUGUUCAACUGCGCUGUGAAAUAUGGCGGCAUGAAAGACCACACCACCCCAUACCUGAAGAAGUACUCCAAAACCACGGAGACCCCCUCAGCGCCUACAGUCACGGUGCUGCAGAGGCCCGGACAGCUGGUGUGCCUGGUGUCCGACUUCAGCCCCUCAGCUAUCAAAAUCACAUGGCUGAAGAACGGCAUGAGGAUAGAUGAGGAGGGGCCUGAUCAUGGGCCUGGGCAGUCCAUCAGCACGGCUCAGGUCUCCAAGGGGCACGACAGGAAGUUCAGCACCCACAGUCACCUCAACCUGACCUCUGGAGACUGGGACAGCGGCAUGAGGUUCACCUGCCUGGUCACGCACGUCACAGGGGAGCUGUCCAGGAAUAUUUCUAAACCAGCUCCACUGUCAGUAGAACUGACGCCCCCAUCCCAGAGAGAUAUCUUCCUCAACAACAAAAUAGUGUUAAAGUGCAUCAUUACCGGGGCAGACUCAGCUGCUGUCAAGGGGGCUCAGGUAACAUGGAAGGUGGCAGGGAAAGACCCGAGCAGCCAAGCCACACUGGAGAACGGGGAGUCCAGGAAGGUAAGCAGUCUUGAGGUGGAAAUGGCCGACUGGUUCUCUGGAAGUGUCGUCGAGUGUCAGGUGUCUGAUCCGCGUGAAGGUGUGGUCAAGGACGGCCCACUGACAACGAGCAUCAAAAAAAGUGACGGAGGAGACCCUGAGGUGAUCAUCUACACCCUCCCGGACAGCAAAGUCGCCAGCCAGGAGGAGUCUGUGGUGUGUGAGGUCCGGGGGCCCUCUCUGGGUGACGUUUACAUCAUGUGGCAGGUAGAUGGAGGAAACUACAUGGAAGGGAACUCUGGCCACCUGAAACAUGUCAAUGGCAAUGAGUCAGUGGUCAGCAUCCUGAGCGUCAAAUCGGAGAACGUGACUGAGGCCACCUUGUUCACCUGCGCCGUGAAAUACGCCGGGAUGGAAAACUACACAGCCCCACGCGUGGAGCAGCACUCCAAAACCACGGAGACCCCCUCAGCGCCUACAGUCACGGUGCUGCAGAGGCCCGGACAGCUGGUGUGCCUGGUGUCAGACUUCAGCCCCUCCGCUAUCAAAAUCACAUGGCUGAAGAACGGCAUGAGGAUAGAUGAGGAGGGGCCUGAUCAUGGGCCUGGGCAGUCCAUCAGCACGGCUCAGGUCUCCAAGGGGCACGACAGGAAGUUCAGCACCCACAGUCACCUCAACCUGACCUCUGGAGACUGGGACAGCGGCAUGAGGUUCACCUGCCUGGUCAAGCACGUCACAGGGGAGGUGUCCAGGAAUAUCUCUAAACCAGAGCCCCAGAAUGAGGUGCUGUUCCACGAUGACAACAUGGCCGACGCUGUGACCGAGGACACCAUAGCCGAGACCCUGAACAUGGCCUGGGCCUUCCUCUUCCUCUUCCUCUUCAGCCUCCUCUACGGCUGCACCGUCACCCUCAUUAAGGUGAAAUGAAGCGCCGGGUACAGAAAGUCUCCACUGUAUUGAUUACUGUAGUGAUGAAUCAUGGAAGCCCUGUGUGUGUGUGUGUGUGUGUGUGUGUGUGUGUGUGUGUGUGUGUG